AUGUAUAGUAAACAAUAUCUUUUAUUUACAAUACUAUUUGCUAUCGUUGUUUUAUCGGCAUUUGCCGAUCAAGAUCAACGAAAAAAUGAUGGUACUAUGAAUUCAAGGAAAAACGUAGGUUCUCAAGAUAAAGAUGAUGAUGAUGAUGAAGUGGAUGAUAUAUAUUCAAGAUUACCAGCCUAUGCAUAUGGUCGAUAUCCACCAUUUACUCCACCAGAAAUGACUUAUCGACCACGUUCACGUUGGCCACCAUUAGCAGUAGUUCCAUCUUCAUAUGAAUUUUUAAAGAAUCGAAAUAAUUGGUCUCGAAAUCUAAAUCCAAAUACUAUGCCACCAUCAUUACCAAUGAUGUCAUCGACUAAUAAUCCAAUGUUUACUGGUGGUUCAACAUGUAAUUCAUUAAUUGAUUCACAAUAUCCUAUUUUUUCGGAUAUGUGUGGUGCUGUACCACAAGCACGAUAUUCAUUACCAAAUUCAUUUGGUCAUUAUGAUCGUUGGCAAAUUGCACAUAUUUUAACAACUUUAAUAGGUUCAACAACAGAUUCAGUUUGUAUUCGUUCAUUACGUCAUUUAUUAUGUCCAAUGCUUUUUCAACCAUGUCGAGUACGAUAUGAACCUCCACUUGUUCUUCCAUGUCAACAUUUUUGUCGUGCUGUAAAAGUUCAAUGUGGAAUACCUGCUCUCGAUGUUAUACCUUGUGAUGCACUUCCACAUGCAUCGGAUGUUUGUCCAAAUAUUCAAAUAUAUGGUGCAUCUAUGCCUUCAGGAUCUCCUUCUGCUGUAAAUGAACCAUCAACAGAGAAUGCACCUCCACCAUCAGACUAUCAAACAGCAGGAUCACCUGCAUCUUUUUCAUCAAGACAAGGUUUUCCAUCAACAUUUAACUCAGGAAUGUCACCUUCAACUAUUUCAUCAAUGCAAACACCAUCACCUGUAAAUUUUUACAAUCGUCGACCAUAUACAAAUGAAGGUGUUGGUAAUGUUCCAUCUCGUUCAUAUACUAAUGAUUAUCGACAAGGAUCGAAAUUUACAUCAAUGACAUAUCCAUCAAUGAAAGCACAUCCUACAGUUGGAGUAUAUCCUUCAAGUGAAGUACGAUUUGCAAGUGGUUCAUUUCCAUCAGUUGUUAAAGUUUAG